AUGUCUUUCCUCGUCGAUUCACUGUUAAUGACCUUCUCCUUGGUACUAUUUUUUGGAGGUGGAUGGAUAUUUUUUCUCAAGCAGUUGUACAGGGACUAUGAAGUUCACCACUCUGUCGUCUUGCUGGUGUUCUCCGUAACCUUUGCCCUGUCAUGCAUUAUGUUUGAACUGAUCAUAUUUGAAAUUCUUGGAGUCAUGGAAUCCAGCUCCCGAUUCUUUCAUUGGAAACUGGGGCUGUAUGCAAUCUUAUUUGUGCUGAUUGCAGUUUUGCCAUUCUAUAUUGCUUACUACCUGAUACAAAAUAUACGUCUGGUUCCCCAGAAGUGGCACUUCAGAAUUUUGGUCACCGUCGGAGCAUGGUGCCUGACUCUUUAUCUGUUUUGGAGAGUUGGAGACCCUUUCCCAAUACUCAGUCCAAAGCAUGGUAUCUUCUCUAUCGAACAAUGCAUCGGUCGUGUCGGAGUCAUUGGGGUAACUCUAAUGGCAAUUUUGUCUGGGUUUGGUGCGGUUAACUGCCCUUACACAUACAUGUCAUACUUCAUCAGGCAUGUCACAGAGGCAGACAUUCAGAGUUUAGAGAGACGCCUUCUCCAAACCCUGGACAGGAUCAUCACCAAGAAAAAAAAGAUUGCCCUGGCAGAGCGAGACAGUCUGAGGCGUGCCAGUUUGACUACUCCAACUAAAGGAAUCUGGGGACUUCUCAAGAGUGCUGCCACAAGUGUUAGUGCCACAGAAAAAAUCCGAGCAGCAGAGGAACUCAGUCGCCAGCUGUUUUUAGAAACUGCAGACUUACAUGAUGCCAGGGACAGAAUCGAGUAUUCAAAGACAUUCAAGGGCCGCUACUUUAAUUUUCUUGGGUAUUUUUUCUCCAUAUACUGCGUGUAUAAAAUUUUUAUGGCAACCAUCAACAUUAUCUUUGACAGAGUUGGAAAAGUGGAUCCAGUCACUAGAGGCAUAGAGAUUGCGGUCAAAUACUUUGGUUUUGAAUUUGAUAUAAAAUUUUGGUCGCAGCAAAUAUCUUUCUUUCUUGUUGGGGUGAUAAUAGUGACGUCCAUCAGAGGGUUCCUCAUCACAUUGACCAGGUUUUUCUAUGCAAUUGCCAGCAGCAAGUCAUCCAAUGUUAUUGUUCUCUGUUUGGCUCAGAUCAUGGGCAUGUACUUUGUUUCCUGUGUGUUACUGAUGAGAAUGAACAUGCCCCAAGAAUACCGGUUGAUAAUAACUGAAGUCCUUGGGGACCUUCAGUUCAACUUCUACCACCGCUGGUUUGAUGUCAUCUUCCUUGUCAGCGCUUUGUCCAGCAUUGGGUUUUUGUACAUAGCACACAAUCAGUCUCCUGAGAAAAGUUUACAUAAAUAG